AUGGAAUUGCCACUUAUAUAUGUUAUACUUUUACCUGUGAACAUAUUUGAAUUUUCAUCAGGAAUAGUGUAUAAUAAAGGUGACACGGACAAGCACUUUGCUUGUUCCAGCACAGGAUUCCCUGUGGAGAAUGAGCUCAUCAAGCUGUACCUCUCCUCAGACAGCUUGAAAAUCCAGUGUUUUUUCCAAACUGAAAAUGACCUAACUUUCAAGGGAAUGCUGAGUAUGUUCACAUCAGGAGGACUUGCUCCUAGCUUGGAAAUUGUAAAUAGUACAUAUAAUGGCAUCUUCCACUUUAAAUUAACCUUGUUCAGUGAUCGAAUUUUCUGGUUGGUUGAUAUUCCUCGAGAAAAUAUCACACAAAACACAGAUAUUGCAGCUGUAGAAGAAUGGUUAGUAAGGAUCACUUUGCAUCAUGGAUUGAAUAUUUAUGCCACUGAAGGAACUUUACUGGAUACUGUUCGAGAACCUAUUCUUCAGUGGUCUCUGGGGCUAAGGAUGCCAGAAAGCAAAAUCAGUCAAUUAUAUCAAUUUGUGGCAGAUCUCAAAGUGACGAAAUGCCCCUGUGCCAACGAUGUGGCAUUGCUAGGCUUCAUCAUGGAUGGCACAGUGGAUGUGGGUGUUUUCAUAGGUGUAACCUCUUCUGGAUUCUGGCAUUACAAAGAUACCAUGUGGUACAACAUGACAGACACCAUCUUUUCCCAGCUCCAGGAAGAAUAUACAGAAAUUUCAGUGGUGGAUUUGGUCUUAACCAAUCACUUUUUGAUCAUCCUUACCACCCUGGGUCUUUUUGUAAGUGAAGACCUACGCUAUCCAUCAGCUCAUGUCUUAAAGCUUUCAAGGGCAGACUUUUGUGGUUUUGAAAAGACAGACUACAUCACAGGAAAUUUAUGGUAUAAUGAGAGAUGUUUUGCCAACAGAGAACACUUUGAAGUUGAUUAUGUAACUAUCACCUUUCGUAGAAACAAGACCCUAAGUGAGGCAAGCUCUUGCUUCUAUAGUAAAGAACCAUUUCUGCAGUGGGUGCCUUGUUCCCCUUAUAUUUUAAGAGGAAUGAGAAACAUUUUCCCAGAUGUGAUCACAUUUCUUGUGGACCAGGAGUAUGGCACUGGUGUUUACCUUCUGUAUGACCAGGUCCAGGGAAUGGCUUCUGCCUUUGUGAGCAUCUUGAGAAAUAACCAGCCUAGUUUAAAACCGAAAUUCCCACCCUUCCAGUUCCCGCCAUCAUUCUCGUCUCCCAUUGGAAUGGUGUUCCACCCUCGAAGUCACUUUCUGUAUGCCUAUGGCAAUCAGGUCUGGCUUUCAGUAGAUGGCGGCAAUACCUUCGAAUUACUAGCUGACUUUCAUGACGAUGUCAUAGAGGACACUUUUCAUAGUUUUUAUACUCAAGAUAUUACUUUUGUUUCCCAGAGUAGACAGGUUUUCGUCACAAAGGCAGGAUUGAGAAGAUACAACAUGGUGGGAAGUGUGAUUGACAGCAUUUUCACACUGUACUAUGAUCACCUGGGCUUCAUGCACAAGAUCACUCCAGACCACUCUGAAGCCAGUGGGUCCCCUGCAGCCUUUGGGAAAUACAGGAACCUUUUUGGGCAGCCUCCCGACAUGGGCUUUGAGACAGCGCUCGCCCCCCAGUACAUCUCCGCACACGAGAUGAUCUUCUUUGCGUACGUCCCCGAGAACGAGCCCCGGGACACUGUCUACACCAAGAAGUUCAAGAACAUACACUAUGGAAAAGUGAUCCACUCCGGGAAAACUGGAAAAGCUUACAUAAGAAAGAUACUGCAGCAUGAGACCCUUCCAGGAUUUCUGUCCUCAGUCAUUGCAGAAAUGAUAGAUCCUUUCGGAAUAGAGGAAACAAAUGAAAGCGCCUGCCUGUCCAGCUCUCUUUCUGUCAAUCAUGCUGGAAACUCCUCCUAUAAACUCACUCUCGACUUACAUGAUCCUCAAGUCUUGUUUCAAGAUACUGAUUUGGAGAAGACUGUGGUGAUUCCCGGUUACAGUAGCCUCCUGAUCACAAGCAUCUUAGAUCCUAAGAAUGCGCUGGCUCUUGCCACCAUGCCCAAGAUAGCCCCCAACAAUGUGACCUUCCUGAAGGACUCUUGGUUCUUAUACAACUUUGGGCAAAGGAAUGGACGAUCAUGGAAUAUAUAUGCAAAACCAUGUAAUUAUUGGUUUCAAAAUGAUGAUUCACUCACCCUCAACACAGUGAAAUACAUCGAUCUGGGAAACUCCCAGGUUUUAAAAUUCAAGGUCAUACCCAGUACAAAAGGUCUUCGAGUCAUUGAAGCCCCGUUGCUGGAAGUGCUAGUUGGAAACCCUACCUUGCUAGAUGUUAAGGCUCGGGGCACCUUUGAUGAUACAGACAGUUAUCUAGUUACAAUCUCUGUAGCCAGCGAAUUCACACAACAAGGCUCCACAUCGCUGGCGUUCGUCAUCUGGGGAGCAUCUACCGAGUGCUUUGUGACCACCAUGGUGCCAAUGCUGAAGAGCAGCUGCAGUUACCUCAGAUCCAUGCAUCACAUUCCUGGCAAACUCAUCCCACUUAAAAAUUGGAUCAGUGGAGUUUACAAAGACAGUCAGGGUUUCAACCUGAUCAAAACUUUGCCGGUAAACUACAGGCCUCCAUCUAACAUGGGAAUUGCUAUUCCACUCACAGAUAACUUUUAUCAUGCAGAUCCCAGCAAGCCCAUACCAAGAAAUCUAUUUCACAAGUCAAAGAAAGCUGGUAAAUUCAAACAGUGUGCAAAUGCUUCUACUCGGGAGGAGUGUAACUGCACAAAUGACCAGAAGUUUUCACAUGCUGUUGCUUUCUCGGAUUGCAGAGAAAAAGUUCCGCGAUUCAAGUUUCCGGUUACACAGUACCCCGUGUCCUUGGAAAUUUCCAAUGAAGAUGGACGUGUCCCAGUGAAAUCUCCAUAUCUGGUCACUGUGACCGAGGUGAACAUGCGACAGAACUGGAAACUAAAACACACUGUACCAGAAAAUGUUAAAAAAUUGAAAAACUACUUAGAACUGAUUCUUCAGGUUCCUGUGUAUAACCCUUCAGGUCUCAACUUAAGUGUCACGGGUUCGGAGCUUUUCCAUUUUAGAGUGACUGUUGUUCCAGGCGUUACUUUUUGCAACUUGGUUGAAGAAUUUCAGAUCUACGUUGAUGAGGCCCCCCUGCCCUUCCCAGGACACACCAUGAUCGCGAUGGCUGCUGCUGUUGUGCUUGGAGGGUUAAUCUUCACAGCAUUCCUGCUGCAGCUGCAUAACAUCCACCCCUGUAGGGCAUUCCGGAGGUGGCUUCUAAGGGGCAGAGUGAGCCCGUUAGAGGGCAGCAGCACCAAGCUGCCUCUGGGGUGA